CGGUUCCGUUUUCAGUAAUGGCGACGGCCACGGCGUCUGCCUAAUUCUGAAGGUUUGUAAGGGAGUUUCGGGCAUGACCACAGGGUUUUCGCCUUCGCAACUGAUCUCAAUUUAGACCUGUCGCCGAAUGAAAUCCAGAAGCACACUGAGGUGCCAUGUGCCCGGCUGUAUAGGUUGACCAUGGACAGGCUACCGACCCACUACGGCCGUCAGGGACAGCCACGAUCCCAAGUCAUAUAUCACUCGCCGAGGUUCAAAGGAUACGUGGCCAGCCUUGUUCUCUCCAAAUGCAUCCUGGCAUACGCAUACUUCCUCUCGUACAAUAUCUUAAAUUAUCUUCACGUUGUACAGUUCCUCUUCAUCGCGCGCCUUGUUGCUUCAACUGCGCUUGUAAUUAUACAAAAGCCCUUCUCAAGUGGGUCAAAGCUAACCCGCUCUCAAUGGCUGCGGGUUAUUCGCCAUGCUGUGAUCAAUUCUUCUCUCACGCUUCUGGAGCUUUUUGGCCUCACACUGUGCGGGCCUUUACGGACAAUUCUGCUCACCCAGCACAAAGACCUUGUUGUCAUUGUUGGCAUCAAGGCUCUCUUCACGAGUGCUGGCGGCCACUCUAAGUUUAGAGGAGCAGUAUGUUUUAUAUUGGCGGUGUUGUCGCUGCUGUUUCUUGACUUCGAUGACAAGGAAGCUCUGCCAACAGAGCACCCUGAGGGCUACCAGCACCAUGGGUUGAGCCACGUCUUUUAUUACCUGGUCUCCCUUCUUGGUCUUCCUGAUCACAAGGGUGGUGUGCUUCUUCUAGCGCUGACCUUGUUGCUCCAGGCAGGCUUUCGGACCCUGUCUCGCACAUUGGCUGUCGAUGUUGGUGGGGCCAAGCGUUUGAAUGCACUGUCAAGCGUCAUAUCUACUGUGCUUCUAGCACCACUCCUGCUAUUUGUUAAAGUGCCAUCUUCCAUGAAUGGGGAGGCGUUGCAGGUGCCCUUUUUUGUGCUUCCGCUCGUCUUCUCUGGCCUGGCUGUCUUUGUGCUGGACUAUUAUGUGGAAUCUGUGUGCACGCUUCGUCUUGACUCCUGCAUUACUGCCAGGCUGGGUUCACUGACAGUGUUCGCGGCUGCUCUGCUGCUUGCCUUCUCCUGGGGCACCAGUGGUCAUGCGGGUCACUCUUGGACGGGAUUGACAUCGGGGCAGCACUCACUGUCCGGUGGUCUCAUCUUUGCCUGGGUCAUGUUCAUGUUUGCCACGCUGAUUCUGAGCUCACCUGACCUGAAGGGAACAAAGGGUACAUUGGUUGGCUACUCCAGUGGUGGUGACCCACUGUACAACUUCAACGGGGAUGCAUUUCACAUGGGGGCAGGCUACUCCAUGUUGUCCGUGCUUCGGUCUGGGCUGACGCAGAUCAUGAAGGAGUCGGACUCGAGACGGAUAUUCUACUUCCUCUGCAUCAAUCUGAUGUUCACGGGUGUAGAGCUGUUGUAUGGCAUGUGGACAAACUCCCUGGGGCUUAUCUCGGAUGGUUUCCACAUGCUUUUCGACUGUUCUGCUCUGGUUAUGGGCCUUGCAGCUGCCUUGCUGGCGAGACGCAGUGCCACACGAACAUUUCCAUUUGGGUACGGCCGUGUGGAGGUCCUCUCAGGCUUCAUGAAUGGCCUGUUUCUUGUCGUCAUUGCCUUUAUGGUCUUCAGUGAAGCCAUCACAAGGCUUUUUGACCCUCCACAAGUCAAGACUGAGCGUCUGCUGACUGUUUCCAUCGCAGGUCUCAUUGUGAACCUCAUAGGAAUCGUUGCCUUUCGUCACACUCACUCACACAGCCAUGGGGCCAGCCAUAGCCAUAGCCACAGUCACAGUCACGGACAUAGUCAUACGGGUGCCAACACAAAUUUGCAAGGUGUUUUCCUCCACAUCCUAGCCGACACGUUAGGCAGUGUGGGUGUGAUUGUGUCAUCCCUACUGAUUGACCAGUUUGGUCUGCUUGUGGCAGACCCCUUGUGCUCGGUGUUUAUUGCUGUGCUCAUCUUUGUCAGCGUGCUGCCUCUGCUCAAGCAUUCCUCCAUGAUCUUAGUGCUGAGGACGCCUCUUCAGCUAGAAGGCAAGAAGCUGCCGUCCAUGCUAAGCAAAGUCUUGAAGAUUGAAGGCGUCCUGUCUUAUCGCAAUGAGCACUUCUGGUACCACACCAGUGACGUGCUGGCUGGGUCCCUGCACGUACAAAUUGCCAAGGACGCCAACUCCCAGAAAGUGCUCAGUCAGGUGACAUCGCUGUUCAAGGAACUGGGCAUGCAGCACUUCACUGUUCAAGUCGAAAAGGAAGAAUUCUUCCAGCAUAUGUCCGGCCUUCGUGCUAGUACAAACUACUACAGCAAUGCGCUCCUUAGGUCAGCGGCGCAUCAGGCCUCCAAUGGUGCCUUGUCUCUGUGUAUUGUGAAGUCGAUAUAAUUCCGUGCAGGGAUCACACAUCGCAACUUUCUCGGCGUGUGCCUAAUGGACCCUGUUGUAUUUCUUGUACAGUGGA